CACAUAUCACCUAACCUUCUCAAUUCUCAAAUGGAGCUUCAAACUACUUUUGUUCAUUCAAACUCUCUCUUUUUUCUGUCAUUCCAUGCUAUUCUCUUCAUGUCCCUAUACUUAUCUUUUCCAGAUUGUGCUUCAGCAGGUAUGCUUGGGAUUCAGACUGACAAACUUGCAUUACUUGAUCUUAAGUCCAAAAUAACUGAAGAUACUCAAGGACUCAUGGAUUCUUGGAAUGCCACUCUCAAUAUCUGCCAAUGGCUUGGUGUUACAUGUGGCCAUAAACAUCAAAGAGUCGUUUCUUUAGAUCUCAAAGGCCAUAGAAUGGCUGGCACUAUAUCACCUAGCAUUGGCAAUCUUUCGUUUCUUCGAAUUCUUGACAUAUCGGAUAACUCCUUUCAUGGUGUAAUCCCUCCAGAUCUUGGCCAAUUGAUCAGACUUCAAACCAUGAACUUAAGCUUCAACUUCUUGGAAGGUGAAAUCCCGUUUACCCUGUCUCGUUGUGUUAACGUUGUUAACCUUGUUCUAGACCAUAAUAUCCUUGAAGGACACAUUCCUUCUGAACUUGGUUCAUUGACAAAGUUGGAAAUGUUGUACCUCAAGAAUAACAAUCUCACAGGAAUUGUUCCGUCUUCCAUCGGAAAUCUUACAUCUGUAAGAGAGCUUUACAUUUCCUACAAUGACUUGGAAGGUGAAUUACCUGAAACAAUGGCCAAUAUGAGAAGCUUAAUUGAGCUAGGUGCAUCGGUGAACUCUCUGUCUGGAGAGUUUCCCCCUGCACUUUACAAUCUUUCGUCUCUUAAACUCAUUGGCUUGUCAUUUAACAAGUUCAGAGGUAAUCUUAGACCAGAUAUCGGCCUUGCCUUCCCGAAUCUUCAGAGACUGUAUUUGGCUACCAAUUACUUCACAGGUUCAAUACCAGCUUCAUUGUCCAACUGUUCAGAUCUUCUGCGGCUUGAUAUUCCUAAUAACAAUUUCACGGGAAAUGUACCGUUGAGUUUUGGAAACCUCAAGAAUCUGCUCUGGCUUAAUGUUCACAAUAACCAGCUUGGAAACGGUGCACCUAAUGAUCUAAAUUUCAUAAGUUCUUUAAUCAAUUGCAGAAAGCUUGAGUUCCUGGACAUUUCUGACAACAAAUUUGGAGGUAUGUUGCCUUACUUUAUAACUAAUCUCUCGACAACGUUGACGAAGCUACUGAUUGAGAACAAUAGGAUAAGUGGAACCAUACCUCGAGAGAUUUCCAACCUUAUCAACUUGGAUAUGCUUAGCUUCAGAGGAACUCUUAUCAAUGGUAGCAUUCCUGAUUCUAUGGGAAUGUUAUCAAACUUGAAAUAUCUGGGCAUGGAAUCGAAUCAGUUGACAGGAAAUAUCCCCUCUUCCUUGGGAAACAUCACGGGAUUGGUGUACAUCUAUUUGCAAGACAAUAAAUUGGAAGGAACCAUACCUUCAAGUUUAGGAAAUUGUACAUCUCUCCUAGCCUUAGACAUCUCUCAGAAUAAACUUAGUGGUAGUAUACCCAAACAAGUCGUUGCACUUUCCUCCCUUUCAGUAUCCCUUAACAUGUCUUACAACUCUCUGAGUGGUCCCUUUCCUGUUGAAAUAGGUAACCUGACCAAUCUUGCUGCACUUGACAUAUCGAACAACAAUUUGUCAGGUGAAAUUCCACACACACUGGAGAGUUGUUCAUCCCUUGAAAUACUCUACCUGCAAGGAAACUUCUUACAAGGAACAAUUCCUCCUCUAAAUAAUUUGAAAAACAUUCAGUAUCUUGAUCUUUCGGGUAAUAACUUGUCAGGCAACAUUCCUAAGAGUAUCGCCAAGCAUGCUUUUUUACAGAAUCUCAAUUUGUCAUUUAACAACCUUGAUGGGGAGGUGCCAGUUCAAGGUGUUUUUGCUGAUGCAAGUAGAAUUCACGUGACGGGGAAUAUGAAUCUUUGUGGAGGAAUCAAAGAGCUGCAUUUGCAUCAUUGUCUCACGCAUGCAAAUAAAAGACCCAAGAAGCACAUUACCCUCAUUUUAGUGCUGGUACUGGGUACUAUUGCUGCAUGUCUAACUUUGUUGCUGUUAGUUUCAUUUUGCUGCGUGAAAAAGGUGAAGCAGAGGCCUAGCUCAGCAUCUUCUUUAAGGGAGGGAUACACCAAAGUUUCCUAUGAAGAUCUCUUAAAUGCAACUGGUGGGUUCUCUUCAAAUAACUUGAUAGGAUCAGGAAGUUUUGGCUCAGUUUACAAAGGAAGUCUUUCUCCAGAAGGAACAAUUAUUGCAGUAAAGGUACUAAAACUUGAAAAAAGGGGUGCUAUGAAAAGCUUUUUGGCUGAAUGCGAAGCCUUGAGGAACAUAAGGCACCGGAACCUGGUGAAGAUUGUAACUGUUUGCUCAAGUGUUGAUUUUGAUGGCAAUGAAUUCAAAGCUCUGGUUUAUCCAUUUAUGGAAAAUGGGAGCCUAGACGAGUGGUUGCACCCAAAGGAGGGACAGAUGAUGCAGAAGAGGUUGGGUAUCUUACACAGAUUGAACAUCACAAUAGAUGUGGCUUCAGCAUUGCAUUAUCUUCACAGGCAAUGUCACGCACCUAUAGUUCACUGUGAUCUUAAGCCAAGCAAUGUCCUUCUGGACAAUGAUCUAACUGCUCUUGUGAACGAUUUUGGUUUGGCAAAGUUCCUGUCUGACUCGGGUCAAGAUGCUGAUGUAGAUCAGUUCAGCUCAGUUGGGAUUAAAGGCACAGUAGGUUAUGCUGCUCCAGAAUAUGGCAUGGGUGGUCAAGUAUCAAGUCAUGGAGAUGUCUAUAGCUUUGGGAUUCUUCUAUUGGAGAUUUUCACGGGGAGAAGACCUACCAGUGAACUGUUUGAGGAGAAUGAAAAUAUUCAUAGCUUUGUUAAGCAUGCCUUGCCUGAUCAAGUGAUGGAUGUUGUGGAUCAAGCUGCUUUAUACAACAAAGAGCCAGGGGAUCUUAUGCAUAUACUCAGCUGCAGAAGUGACUUCACAAAUGAAUUUGUUGAAUGCUUGGUUUCUGUUCUUACCACUGGAGUUGCUUGUUCAGAGGAAACUCCACUAGCCAGAAUGAACAUGGGGCGAGUUGUUUUGGAUCUCAUUUGCAUCAGAGACAAAUUGAGCGAAAUCUUAGUUCAUUCAGAGAAAGUGAACAUCUCAAGAAAAAAGUGAAAUGUGAUUUACAGGUUCUUGCUUCACUUGACUACUCAUCUUCAACAUCCUCUUCCACUGGAAAAGAGAUCCAUCAUCCAUCCAAUAUCAUUUUACAAUUUGACCUAUGCUAAUAGCUUUACCUUCAUUGGUAAUUUUCCUUUCUUAUUUUACAUUGCGUCGACGUGAAUGUUAUGUUACUCAGAAAAGUUAAUGCUCAUCUAAACAGCAUGUUCAUUCUCA